UAUAGCUCUCUCUCUCUCUCUCUCGUCAAUGCUGUUCAACGAACUGGAAAAUGGGAAUCAGUAGUGGUAUCACGACCAUCUGCUGCUGCAGCGGCACUAGUAUAAGCAAGCUCCACUUCCACCACCAUCUUCCUCGCGCAUCUAUUCCCUCCAUUUCUCCGUCUCCAUCUCCAGCUCUCCAGGGUAGGAUCAAAUUUUCAUCAUUUUCUUCGCGGUCUGUUGCAGCAGCACGACAUCGUUUGGGUUCCGCCACCGCGUCAUCUGUUGGCAGCAGCUGCUUCACAUGGGAUGAUGUAUUUCGAGCCGGUGAAUCAAAUGAAACUGACUCUGCGUCUGACCUCGGAGGCUUCUUUGACAGAGUCAUACUCUGCAACCGCAAUUUGGAGAAGCUAAAUGAGUUUAUGCCAUUCGUCAUUGCAAAUCAAAUAGUUGGCUAUGUACAUUUUGGGUUUGCAGAUCAUCUGAGGAAGUUCAGGGAUGUGUUUGUCUUCCAAAAAGAUACCAAGGCUUUCAGCAGCAAUUUCGGGUGCCAUGUCACUCUGCAUUCAUCUCUGACGACUGCUGAGGAUCGGACAAGAGCUGUUGGAGAUGUUGUCAAGUGUUUGGGGGAGGAACUGAUUCCAGGUAUACGAAAUGAGCUAUUCCCUGUCGUAUCUUCUUUUGGUUCGCCUAUAUUUUUUUCGGUUGAACGAGCAGCAGCACCAUACUUUGGGACAAAGCAGGCUUAUGGGGUACACAUGAAUGGCUAUGUUGAAAAGGAUGGGCAGAAGUAUCUUUGGGUAGGGAAGAGAAGUGAAGUGAAACCCACCUAUCCAGGGAUGCUUGAUCAUCUAGUGGCCGGUGGACUGCCACAUGGUAUUUCCUGUGAAAAGAACCUUGUGAAGGAAUGUGAAGAGGAAGCAGGCAUACCAAGUUCUAUUUCCGGCAGAGCUGUCCCAGUGGGAGCUAUAUCCUAUAUGGACAUUGACGGACAUAGAUUCAAGAGAGAUGUUAUGUUUUGUUAUGAUUUAAAGCUUCCAGAAGGUUUUAUUCCCAGGAAUGAGGAUGGAGAGGUGGAAAGCUUCAAGUUGGUUCCAGUAACACAUGUUGCUAACAUCAUUAGAAGCACAGAGUUCUACAAAGCGAAUUGCAACCUGGUCAUCAUUGAUUUCCUUUUCCGACAUGGGUACAUUACACCAGAAAAUAUUGGAUAUUUGAAGCUACUGCAGAGUUUGAGAAGUGGGGACUGCUCUUGAAUGCAAUGAAUUGUUAUUUUUGGGUUUUUUCUUCAGGACUUGUUCAUUCAAUUUUCCCACAUUCGGUGGCAAGUCAGGAUAGAGCGACCAAGCGUUGCAAGGAGGUGCCUAUUCUUACCAGGCUCUUUCUUAGAAAUUUCUUGUGACCUAACCGAAAUGAAACAAGAGAUGAGGAUGUUGUUAUCAGUAAUCACUAUCUAAGCAUCAGCGUGAAACACCA